GUGUCGAGUUCAUGCUUUCCGAAUACAGUUAUUAAGUUGAUGGUUAAACGAAGAGUGUGAACGUCUAGUUCGUUGCUAUAUUCUCAGCGACAUUGAUUUGCCGUGAUCUGUAUGACCGAUUCCUCAAUGAAUUUUGGUCCAGCGUGGAUUCGUAACCUUCGCCCUGAAGGCACCACCACCAGUUCGGCUGGUGGAGGAACCGCUAGUGGUUCGCGGUAUCAGUUAGCAGAGUAUAGGUAUGGCAGAGAAGAAAUGUUGGCAUUGUUUGACAAACUCGUGAAACCCCCGUCGUCUCUCCUCACUUUCAAAACACUAUAUUCCGAACAAACCCUAGUGCCUCUGGCUCUUCUCCCCAACACGGAGGAGGAGCAGAGGGGCUGGCAGACGCGCCCCACAUCCAUAGGUGGGGCGCCUCGAGGCCGAGGAGGGUCGCUGGAACGAGGGGGUCGGAUUAGUCGCGGCAGAGGGGGCUACCAAGCGUACGGCCGCGCCGCCUCCGCGUACGACAGCGGCUGGGGUAACGGCGAGCAGCCCGACUGGAGCCCCCGCAAGGAGUUCUCGUCAAGGUCGAGCGUCACCGAUAAUUGGCGGCGCGUCCGAAAUAGCAGCGAAGAGGAUGAGGGGUGGCGAAACAUCAGUUCGAGUAGGUCGUUGCACGAGAAGUGGGGUCGCUCGGCGAGCUGGAGAGGAGACGGGGAUUCGGAGGAGAGGAACGGGCCACCAGAGAGAGGAAGUCGGCCCUCGUGGCACGAGAACAGUCGCGGGGGACCUCUGAGGAGGUCCUGGGACAAUGAAGACCAUUUGCCGGAGUGGGCCACGGAGAAUCCCACUGAAGGUGGGGGGACGUUCGAUGAAAGGGGGGCGUUUCACGGGUCCGACGACGAACAGGAUGGUAAAAAAGAUAGUAAGAGGGAUAUAUUGCAGAAGAGUACGUCUCAGCAACAUAUUCCCAAUAAGAUGGGUCAUUUAGGUCUGUCUUCUUCCAAAUCUACUACCUCCCUGAUAAAGUCUGACGACAGUGAAAAGUAUUUAGAGGAUCCCAGUGACCAAGAUACGAAACAAGAUGAUGCCAAACCCAAGGAAAGCAGCUCUCCAGAGAAAGACAAAACCAAACCUCCUUCACUUCAGAAAUCGGAUAGAAGAAUAGACGAUAAAGACGACAGAUCUUCCGAGGAAUUAAGACCUCAACUCUUAGAAAAACCGAGUAGCAACGGCCCCCCUCUAGAACCAAUGACGCCAAACAUAGACAAAUCUGACGAAGACUUCGAUCGUCUGCAGGAAGAUCUUGUGUUGAAGUUGGUCGUGGACGAAGAAACUCCCAAAAGUUCGCAAACGCCAAACUUUGACGUGGGGGGCGUACAACCACCACCUAAUCUAGUGCCACCGUCCCAGGACAAGUGGUAUUACCAAGACCCGCAGGGCACCAGACAAGGGCCCUUCGCAAACGUCGAAAUGGCCGAGUGGUACAAAGCGGGUUAUUUUAGUAAUCAGUUAAACGUGAUGCGAGAAUGCGACGAAAGGUAUUUUCUGUUAGGCGAAUUAAUUAAUUUGUGUGGCGGCGAAAAUCCGUUUUUAUCGAACAUAAGGUUCCCGGUGUUAAAGAACGAGCCUGCUAAGUUGCCUGAUGAUGUGUUGCCAUAUCAAUUUUUGUCACAGUUAGCUUUUAAACAGCAAGUUUCCUUGCGAAAUCUAGCCGAACCUUGGAGUGCUCUCACGUUGCAGCAGCAGGAAAUGGCCGCACAAAGGUUAUUGUUGCAACAACAGCAACAACAAAUACCUCCAGAUCUUCAGUUUAUGCAACAGACCACUCCUUCAAAUCCGUUAAUGUACAUGAUUAAUCAGAUGCAACAAAGUAAUAAACUUCCUGGCUCAGUCCUAGUGGACAAACCUAGUAGUAGUGUGCCUAAUCAGCUCGAUCCUCUCCUAGUUCAAAUGGGGAAUAUGCAUUCUUUACAAAAUAGAAUGCCGAGUUCCGGUCUCCAUAAUCACUUACCAGGUGGAGUUCCCACAAACCUUUCAUCAUCACUACCUCCCGAUGGCCUGGGUAGUACUUUACCUAGUCUACAAACACCCCCCAUCGCCCCUAGCGGAAUAUCAUCACUGCCUGGUAUCCACUCCAGUUUGCCAAGUGGUUUACCAGGCUCAGUAAACGUAAACCGACCAACACCUCACGGUUCUAUAGACCAGUUACAACAACCAGGUCAGGACAACGAUCCAAUAACGAACUUUUUGAAACAGUUUCAACAGCAAAGACAACUACCCUUGGAUAAUCUCUGGCAGAAACAAAAUCAGUUCAACGUACCGCCAGCAGUGACUCCUCCGACGCAGUGGCCACAACAGUCGGAGACGCCUCUCUCGAUGUGGGAUAUCCAAACACCUGCAACUUCUCUACCGUCUGAAGUUCCGCCAGCUCCGACAGAAAAAAUAAUUCAACAAGACAAAGAAAAAGAACGACCGAAAGAAGAAAUGACGCAGAAAGAAAUAAAGAAACGAAAAGAACAAGAAGAGAAACAGGCGAAGAAGGAAGCGGAAGAAAGGAGAAAGCAAGAACAGAAGAAGCAGGAAGCCGAAAAGAAAGCCGCCGAAGAAAAGAAAAAGAAAGAAGAAGAGAAGAUCCGGAAGGAACUAGAGAAAGCGAAGAAAGAAGCAGAGGAGAAAAGACUGCGCGAGUUGGAAGAGAGAAGAAGACUUAAAGAGCAGCGGAAGGCCGAAGAGGAAGCUAGGAAAAAGUCUGAAGAAGUGAAGAAGCUAGAGGAAGAGAAGAACAGACGGGAAAUGAAGGAGCGGGAAGAAAAGAAGCAAGCGGAAGCUGUGCGAUUAGCUCAGACGCAGGCAGCUCGAGGUGCUGCUAAAAGCGCUCCUUGGAGUCAGUCCAACUUCACUCCUGGAUUAAAUUUAACCGAUAUUCAAAAAGCCGAAAAAGAGAAGAGGGCACAGGAGACUGCGUUACAGAUUCAGAAGCAACAGCUACAGGAACAACAACAACAGCAGCAGCUGGAGAAAUCCGGAGGCCUGCAGUUGAAUUGGGCUAAGAAGCCUGUGGAACCGCGAAAAGUUAAAUCUUUCGCCGAAAUUCAAGCGGAAGAGCAGGAGAGAAUGGCAAAGUUAUCGGCUGAAGCCAAAAUGGCUGCGCAGUUAAAAGAAAAAGAAGUUUCUUCUGUUUCUAAUGCCGGAAAUAUUUGGAAUGGUCAAAGUUUGACCUGGGCAAACGCUUCCUCAACUUCUCAGUGGACUUCUAAUUCCACUGGAGGUUUCUGGGACGAAGUCCCGUCAAAAUCCUCUAAUAAACCGUCCACAGUAUCUAAAAGUAAUUCAACUAGUGCCAUGACUACUACUAAGCAGCAACAACAAAAGCAAUCUAAGAAUAAAGCUAAAAAAGAGGAGUCACCAAAAUCUGUCAAUAAUAACAAUAAUAAUCAAAGUAAGGACGAAUUUACUGAUUGGUGCUACAAGACUUUAUCUAAUAUUUCGGCUGAUGUAGAUAUUCCUACAUUUGUAACUUUUCUACGUGAUAUCGAAUCAGCUUAUGAUGUAAGAGACUACUGUAAGGAAUAUUUAGGUGAAAGUCCUGCAACGCAACAAUUCGCGUCUAAUUUUUUGGAAAAAAGACGCUCCUGCAAGCCUAAGAACAAUGCUCACAAAGACGAUAUGUGUUCGCCAGCACCAGCAAUUACGCCGUCGUCGCAACAUAGCACUGAAUUCCAAGAAGUCAAGGGUAAAAAUAAGAAAAACAAAAAGUCAAAGAUGUUAAAAGUCGAUUCUCGAAUCCUGGGGUUUAACGUUACUUCAGCUCCAGACCGAAUCAAUGUGGGUGAUAGAGAUUAUGGUGAUAACUCGUAAAAUUUUGUUUCUGUUUCAAAGAUCACCAAACUGUUAUUGUACCUUUAUAUAAAAUAUAUUAUAUACAUAUGAAUUAAGUUUUAAGACAAGUCUAAGUUUCUUUUGCUUAUUUAUGUGUUGUAAUACAUUCUCUUCUUGUUUUUAACAAAUUUACUGUUAAAUAUUAGUUUUACAUAAACAA